CGGGCACCGCCUCGGCCAACAGGCUCAGCGGCUGGGCUGCCUGCCAUCCCCGCAGAGCCGAGCGCGGCCCGGCCGUCGAGCAGCCCGAGCUGCGGGGCUGAGCGGCGGAGGAGGACAGGCUGUCCGGUGGGCCAUGGAGAGGCUCGGGAAGGGGCCGAGCGCGCCCGGCCGGCUGGGAAUCCUGCUUCGGCACCUCGUUCCCGCCGGCCUCGGACCAUUUCCUACUUCAGCGCAGGUUGCUCCUAUGAAACGCCCAGUACAGUUCCGUUAUACCUUGGAUAAUAACGUCCUAACUCUAGAGCAAAGACAGUUCUAUGAGGACAAUGGAUAUCUUCUCAUCAAAAAUCUAGUGGCUGAUGAGGAUAUUGAGUGCUUCAGAGAGGAGUUUGCAAAGAUCUGCAGACAGGAAGUGAAGGUGCCUGGAAUAACCAUCAUGAGAGAUAUAGCAAUUGCAAAGUCUGAGUUUGCUCCAGAUGAGAAAGCAGUUUUCAAAAUACAGGACUUUGUACUUAAUGAAGAACUCUUCAGAUAUUGCACGUUGCCUCAGAUUAUAAAAUACGUUGAAUGCUUCACGGGGCCAGACAUCGUGGCAGUGCACACCAUGUUGAUUAAUAAACCUCCAGAUACAGGAAAGAAAACUUCUCGUCAUCCUCUGCAUCAAGAUUUGCAUUUUUUUCCUUUCCGGCCUGCUGACCAAAUUGUUUGUUCCUGGACUGCCAUGGAAAGGGUGGAUCAGAGAAACGGAUGCUUGGUAGUGUUGCCUGGAUCUCAUAAGGGCUGUCUGAAGGAGCACCGGUAUCCGGAGUGGGAGGGUGGUGUAAACAAGAUGUACCAUGGAAUAUCUGAUUAUGACAAAAGUGUUCCUAGGGUUCACCUUGCCAUGGAGAAAGGAGACACGGUGUUCUUCCACCCUUUAAUAAUUCAUGGUUCUGGAAGUAAUAAGACGCAAGGGUUUCGAAAGGCGAUUUCUUGUCAUUAUGCCAGUUGUGAUUGCCACUAUAUUGAUGUGAAAGGGACCACGCAGGAAAUUAUAGAGAAGGAAAUUCAAGAGAUUGCAAACAAGAAGUAUAAUAUAGACCCAUUGGUUGCUCUGAAAGAUGUUUCCAAGCUUCGAAUUCGACUUGUUAAAGGAAAGAGAAAAAAUCUUUAAAUGCUGUCCAGAUCAAUUCCCAAACUGCUGAAGAAAACUUCUACAAUUAAGCUUUUAUUUCUUGUUCCCUUUUUUCAAGUGCUGUGUAGUUAGCAGUAAUCUCAAAGCAUUUUGAAGGAUAUUUGUAUCUGGAAAUAAAUUAAAGGCUGCAAUUCUAGACAUACUAAAGUUAGUACAAGGAAUACAGUGAGAUUUUCUUUCUGAGUAAAACAACCAGUGAUUAGAAUUUAACCUGCAAUCCUAUACUCGUUUUUCUUGUUUAACUACAAGGAACAUCUGUUGCUUAGAUGAAAAGAAUUUAAGAUGGAAUCCUACUCUGCUUAACUAUAAGAAACCUUUAACUGAACACACUUGAACUUUUAACUAUACAUACACAGAAUUAUAUUUUCAAUAUAACAACUUGAACUGAUGUAUUUAAGUAAUUAAGUAAAUGUCAUGUUCGCGUUGCAAUGUCUUUGAUACAUCGUAACGUUUCGCAUGUCAUUAGCUGGAUGCAUGUUUCAUCUUUCACGGGAGGAUGGGAGUAUUUAUCUUUUGGCUUUGCUCUGGAAUGUAUUUGUAUUAUCUGCUGUGUUCAAGGUUACUUUCCCAGGCUAGCCGGUCUGACGAUUGCUAGCACCUGCGACGGGCGGGGCUGUUAUGAGGGAGGCGGGAGACAUUUGCACCAAGGGUUUUAAGUUUGUAUUUGGCGCGCUUUUGCUCAUUCUCAGCUUUCUCUGUAUUUGCCAUAAGUUCCUUAAUAAAUCAGGUUUCAUAUAGCA